AUGAAAGAAGGUCAGACGAUGAAGAUACAAAGGUCAAAACCUGCUGGAAGGCUGUAUGUGAAAGCAGUAUUUGCUGGCUAUAAGCGUUCGCAACGAAAUCAGCAUGAACACACAUCUCUUUUAAAACUCGAGGGUGUCCACAAUAAAAUAGACGCUCAGUGGUAUGUAGGAAAGAAGGUUGUGUAUGUUUAUAAAGCAUACAAAAAGACCAAAGUACCUGGCAGGGCACCGAAGCGAGUUCGAGCAAUCUGGGGAAAGAUUACUCGAGUGCAUGGAAAUGUUGGUACAGUCAAGGCGAAAUUUCACCGUAAUCUUCCUCCGAAAGCUAUGGGACAGCGUGUACGUGUGGUAAUAUAUCUGUAUGAGACGGCAUUGGAUCAUGCAACAUUGUUGAUCUAUGCAAUUUGUGACCUGAGUUUUCAGUUUUUAGUUCGGUUGAGCCAAACAAGAAGUGUUUGUUUGUUAAUGCUUGUUCAACAUUACAACAGUUCUGAAAUCAGUUGUUGUGUCAAAUAUACCAUCUUUGGAUUCAAUGUAUUAUUUUGGAUCAUUGGUUUUGCUCUUCUAGCAGUUGGUGUUUGGGCUCAUUUUGAGAAGAACAGUGCUUAUUCUUAUCUCAAUAAAGCAUCGAAAUUCUAUCUUGACCCGGCAGUAUUUUUAAUUUUUGCUGGUGGCCUUAUAUUUCUCAUCGGUUUCAGUGGUUGCGUGGGCGCCCUACGAGAAAACACAUGUUUUCUAGCUCUGUAUUCAACAAUCAUCGGUCUUCUUUUAUUAGCGGAAUUAGCUUUAGUUAUUUUGGUUUUUGCAUCAAAAGAUUGGAUCACUCAAGAAUUCUUCACCAGAUUAGAUGAUACGGUGAUAAUGUACAGAGACGACCCAGAUUUACAAGCGCUUAUUGAUUGGGUUCAAAUAUAUUUCAAGUGUUGUGGAAUGAGGUCGCCAAAUGACUGGGAUAUGAACAUAUAUUUCAAUAAAUCAUCGCAGCAGUUUUCUUCUCCUGAAGCUGGUGGAGUACCAUAUUCAUGUUGCAAAAAGAUGCGUGGAGUAAAUGACGGUCCAAUCAACUUUUUUUGCGGCCAUGGUGCUAGACUUUUCAAAGAGGGUUUAAGUGAGUCGAUACACAGUGAGGGUUGUACACCUAAAAUCGAAAAUUAUCUGUCACAAAACAUGACAUAUGUUGCUGUUGCAGUGAUCCUUGUUGCAGUAAUUCAGAUUCUGGGUAUAUUAUUUGCACAAAAUCUUCGAAGUGAUAUAUUUGCACAGCGUGCGAGAUGGUAUACUGGUAGAUGA